AUGCCAACAUUAGAUUGCUAUACCAAGGUCUUUUCUUCACUAAUUAACAUGGAUUUUUUUGGUUUUAGUGAGAUCGAUAAUGGUGGUGGUUUGGAGUUCGCCGUCAAAGUCAACAUAGGAUACGGUUAUGUCGAGGAGUCUGUCUCCGACGGAGAUGGUAGCGAUGAUUUUGGGAGUGGUAGAGUAUUUGACGGUGUAACGGUUAGUGAGGCAGAGUUUUUGAUGUGGAGGGUAGAGAUGGAGAAAGAGAAGGUGAGCGAUCGAUGGUUGGUAGUCAUCUCAAAACUAUCGUUAGUGGGAAGUAGACGAGAACGGGGAAAAGGCGAAGCCUACACUGCCGAUUCAUAUGGUGUUCGAGGGGAAAAUGGUGUGAGGCUGGAUCCUUCAAUCUUUUGCCAUGGUGGGGGAGGUGGUUUUAAGGGCAGCAUCUGGUGUUUGGUGAAUGUCGCCUGCUCUCAGAAAGAGCGACUUGCUCUUCUCAAGUUCAAAGGGAGUGUUGAAGAUACUUCUGGAAUGUUGUCUUCAUGGGUGGGGGAGGAUUGUUGCCUGUGGGAAAGAAUCCACUGUGACAGUCUCACUGGAACCAUUGACAGCCUCAAUCUCAGAGGAGAGUAUUAUUUUGGUGGCGAAGGAGGCCCUUCUUACAGUGAAGGCUACUUAGUUGGUAAUGAGGUGAACUCUUCUUUGGCUGAGUUGAGGCAUCUCAAGUACCUGGACUUGAGUCUGAAUUUUUAUCAAGGAAGCCGGAUCCCUGAGUUCAUUGGAUCCUUCAAACAGCUGAUGUACCUCAAUCUCUCUACUGCUGGUUUUCAAGGUAUUAUUCCUCCUCACAUUGGAAAUCUUUCUAAUUUAAAGGUUUUGGAUCUCAGUUCAAAUUAUAAUCUAGCAUCAGAUGAUAUGUCAUGGACUUUUGGCCUUCCAUCACUCGAGCAUCUCGACUUGAGUUAUGUGGAUCUUGGCGGAGCAAAGAACAUGGGCAUGGUGCUUUACAAUCUUCCUUCGUUAAAAGAGUUAAGUUUGCGUGGUUGUGGACUUUCCAAUGUCCAUCUUGGUCCUUUUUUUAAUUCGAGUAGAAUUCUUGCCAACAUAAAACGCCUUGAUCUUGGCUCCAAUUCUUUCAAAGGCCCACUCCCUGGAUUUUGCCGAAACAUGACAUCCCUUGAAUUUCUGGAUCUUUCUGGUUUUAAUCUUAGUUUGGCAUGGAACUUUGCAAACGUGCUAAACAUGAUCCCUUCCUCUUUAUCAGAGCUGCAUUUUUCAAGUUGUUGGCUAGAUAAUAAGACUUUUCUAUCUUCCGCUCAUUUUAAUAUCAGUAUGCUUUCUAACAUCCAACACCUGGAUCUUAGCUGGAAUUCAAUUGAAGGCAUAUUUCCAUCUGUUUUCAGUAACAUGAGUUCCUUAAGAGUCCUUGAUCUCUCAAGAAACAUGCUGCAUUCUUCGGUUCCUAUUAUGGUUAACCUUCUAGAGCUUGAUCUUUCUGUUAACCAGUUUAAGAAUAUUGAGGAUGUUGGAAUCUGGAGACAGUGUCACCUGAAAACGUUGGCUGCAUAUGGAAAUCCUUUUGAAAUAGAAAGGAUUGACCCACCGCAAAACGUUUCAGAAUGCUCCCAAUAUGCUUUGGAGUGGUUGGAUUUAAGUGGGUGGUUGAAUGGUACGAUUCCAGAAGCAUUUGGAAGACUAACCAAUUUAAGAGUCUUACUUCUAAUGAACAGCAGUUUGACAGGUCCAAUCCCCGAAUCUCUAGGAAGAUUAAGAUUCUUAGAGGUAUUAGAUCUACAUGAUAACCAAUUGAAUGGUUCAAUUCCAGAAUCCUUUGGAAAUCUUGCAGCUUUAGAAUCUUUGUAUCUACAAUCCAAUCACUUAACGGGCCCCAUCCCAACAUCUCUAGGAAGACUUGUUUCAUUACAAGCAAUUCGGUUGUCUUCAAAUUUGUUAAAUGGGACUAUUCCGGUUUCAAUUGGGCAACUUGCCAAACUCAAUGAGUUAGAUAUCUCAGACAAUUCCUUAGAAGGAGUAGUUUCCGAAGCCCAUUUUGCUAACCUUUCGAUGUUGGAGCACUUGUAUGCUUCUUCUAACACCAAGUUGACAUUCAAUGUAUCACGUGAGUGGAUACCUCCAUUCCAGUUGUUAUAUCUUGAUCUCAGUUCCUGCAAUCUCACAAAUGGAUUGCCACAGUGGCUACGGAAUCAGUUCUUGCUCUCUGAGUUCGUGUUGUCGAAUGCUUCAAUUUCGGGACCUCUACCCACAUGGUUGCGGAAGAUGCCUGUCAUUGAUUUCUUAGAUCUCUCUCACAACAAACUCAGCGGACCAUUGACAAACCUUCCAGAAAUAGGAUGGGUAUUGAUACUAGCAAAUAACAUUUUCAAUGAGUCAAUUCCGAAGUCCUUGUGCAGAUGGACAAAUUUAUAUUUACUUGAUCUUUCCAGAAAUAGGUUAACAGGGACAAUUCCCAAGUGUCUCCAGGAUCUGCAACGGUUGAGUGUCAUGAUCUUUAGCUCAAAUUUACUUUCAGGUGUCAUUCCAAGCUAUAUAGCACUUAGUCAUUCAUCAUUAGAGUGGUUAAAAUUAAAUGACAAUAAAUUCAUUGGUGAACUUCCUCGAGAGUUGGGGAAUUUAAGAUAUUUAAGAGUCCUAGAUGUGGGUGAUAAUCAAUUGUUUGGAAAGAUACCCCACUGGAUUGGAGAAAACCUGACAAGUUUGAUUGUUUUAAGAUUACACAAGAAUAACUUUACCGGGGAAAUUCCUGAAUCUUUAUGCAAAAUGUCAAAACUUCAAAUUUUGGAUGUUGCAUACAACAACUUAACGGGUAUCAUCCCUCAUUGCCUAAGAGAGUUGAAUGCAAUGGUUAAUGGUGCAGAAAAGUGGUAUGUCAGUUAUGGCUGGGCUGAUUCUAAUGAGAAUGUGAUUCAGGUUAUGAAAGGUGUUGAUCUUGAAUAUACAAGAAUUUUGGAUAUAGUUUAUAACAUGGACCUUUCAAGCAAUAAACUUGUUGGAGAAAUACCUGUGGAGCUAACCGCACUCUCUAUGCUGAUUGGUCUCAAUUUGUCUAAUAAUCAUCUCAGUGGGAGAAUUCCAGAAAACAUUGGAAACAUGACGAGGUUAGAAUCUCUUGAUUUAUCUGGAAACAAGUUGACCGGGACGAUCCCUCCAAGCAUGGCAGCUUUGACUUUUUUGAGCCAUCUGAAUCUGUCACACAACAACUUGUGGGGACGAAUUCCAACAGGCCAUCAGUUGCAGACCCUUAUUGAUGAUCCAUCAAUAUAUGCUGGGAACAGAGAUCUUUGUGGACCUCCAUUGACAAACAAUUGCUCAGAUCAUCAAGACCCAACAACAACAGCAAAACCCAAGAAGAAACAUAAAGCAGCUGAGGAGUCAAUCAAGGUAUGGUGGUUUUACCCGGACAUCAUGAGUGGAUUUGCAACAGGGUUUUGGGGUGUAAUUGGAGUUCUGUUGUUGAAGAAGCGGUGGAGAUGGAGGCUUUUCAUGUUUGUUGAGAAAAUCAUGGACAAGAUAUACGUUGCAGUCAUGGUAACAGUUGUUGCCAAGAUCAAGAGAGGAAGAGAAGCUGUAUAG